UUGCCAUUUUAAUACGAUACAGCCCGCUCUUAUUGGUAAGGGUCAGGGUGUGGUUUCCACGAUGUAAAAACCGGUGUUUACCCCCAAAAUUGAUAAAUAUUACUUUGUGUAAGCAAAUCAGUGAAAAAUACUGCUUUUUCCCUAUAAAAUAAUUUUUUUGUAUUCCUCAGAAAAAAAGUAGAGAUCACCUUCCACUUCACGUUGCAAGUUCCCUUGGCGACUUACAGAUGGUAAAAUUUCUGUUAUCGCACGAUUUAAUUAAGGUGGACGAAGAAGACUCCGGAGGCAUGACACCUAUUCUUAGGUAAACUAACGCACUGAAUAAGAAUGAAUACUAUGGUAAAUCAGCUUUCACGCCAAUGGUUUGGAAAAAAUAAAUAAAUAAAAAAGGGGGACCAAAAGCCCCAACGGCUGGACGUAUGCACAGGCUAUGAUUUGAACUUGGGAUAACCAAGAUCGAAGACAAAUCCACAUCUUAUGGUUAAAGCAGAACUCGAAUUCCGGGACCUCCAGAUUGCUAGUCCGCGAGCAGCGCGCGAAAGAAGACACCCGCUCGCGCUUUCUAUCCCGAGAAAUGAUUUUGGGCAAACAUCACGCGCUGACAGCUGACGUUUACUUGAAUUCCCCGACAAAUAGUUUUGUCACUUUUAAAGUUCGUUUCCCUUAGAACUAGAUUGUCAUUCAUUUAUUCUCCGUUUUUGAUGGUUUUGAUCCUGGCCGGCAUAAUUCUUGAUAACUAACCAGCGCUGACCAGAUUUCUAAAAUGUUAGGUUAUACCAUCAUUGAUGUCAGUUGGUUAGGGGUCAUAAAAGAUUUAUAUUAAUUGUAGGUUAUCCACUAUUGAUCAUGACCCGAGAACGUCACUCCUAGAACUUUUAAAACUGCUGCGAGUAACAGGCAGAAGUCUUCACUCAUAUCAUAUUCAGCUGCAUUCAUUAACAAUAUUUUUGGGGGGUAAACAAUUUUCAGAGUUGAAAGAACCUACAAGCAGCUGUGCAUCCAUUGUAUCCAAUCGGGAUUAUAAAUUAUUAAGGACCGUCGAAAGGAUUUAAAUUACUUUAAGAACUCAGUGAUGUUUUAACGAAUAUAUCUUAAAAUAUUACAAUGGUCGUUAAUCAGGACUUUUGGAAAAACGCAAAGGCUCUUUUGAAAUUGAGAACCAUUUUGAAGGUCGUCGUCUUUCUCUGCAUAGCUCUUGGAGGAUGGUUCUGUCUGGCACUGCUCUGCACGGAUUAUUCAAAAUCGGCCAGUUCAAUUUCUAGCAUUAAAGAAGAGUGGUUUGAAGCAAAUAUAACAGAUUUCCAACUCAGUUUCAUUGCUAACAAAUACAUCGUCUUGCGCAAAACCACAGUUCACGGUCAUGGCGAUUUUGCGUGUUCCAGUUCUGUAAAGCGAGGGAUGUGUGCAUUUAAGAUCAAGACGCUCACUCAAGCUGCUAAGAUUUGUAACACUUAUGCUGAUGUUUGCAAGGCAUUUGUGUUGACGAAAGACAUGAGUAUUCGUUUGGUUCAUAAGGUUAAACGUCCGACUUAUGAUAGCCAAGCAGCUCUUUUCGUGAAGAGAGAGUACCUGAAUAAUCAAGAAUUGGCAUCACAUUAAAUUGACUUAAAGACAGUUGAUGCGGGUUAGCAAGCUGAUGUAGCCUCUAUUUUCUGAUAUAAUCAACUGAUAAUAUACUUACGCAACUUGCUCAUAUUUCACGAUUUAUUCGCUUGAUUAACUCCGCUGAAUUGUUUUCUUUCCCGAACGCUUUACUAGACUUUUAGAUGUACCACACAGGAUUUGGUUGAUUUCAUAUCAACAGGGGUACUUGUCAUGUAAUUGCUUCUGGCUUAUCGUAUUCAUUCUCAUUAUUUUUAUGAGAUUUUGUUAUCCUUUAGUCAGAUUCUAAAUAAGUUCAAAAACUCAUUUUCCUUCAAGACUUAAUAAGGCCGAGCGUAAAAAAGCUUGCCGGCCUUUUGUGAUAGAAACGAAAGGACCUUAUCUCAUUCAGGCUUAAAAUAUUGAUGAGCUUUGAUGUGAAAGAGUUGAAACGUUUUGACAAAUGGCGCUUGAAGAACGCUAGACUUUGCCCCUUAUUUUACGCUCAAGGCUGUUAAGGAUUAUGAAUUAUUUUUUGUUGCACUCAUUAUCCCCGCAAGAUAGUAAUUAUAUUGCUUCGGUUUAUUUUGACCGCAGUCACAUGUGGUAAAAAUUGUUUGGUUUCGACAGCGUGGGGCUUUAUUUUAGCGCCAUUGGUUGACGCUGUUAAUUAUGAUAAAAAAAAAAUUAUCUGCAUCAUUAUAUUUUCCCACUGUUGAGAAAUAAACCAGGAAAAAUAGAUACUUUAUAAAGGAUGUCAUGGUCUAUCUGACUUGUGGCGUCAUUGGUCUGGGUGGGCGAGCGUGAUCAAAACAUGGACUGAAGUGGUUGCAAGAGUGCGCCUCACCUCUCUGGUUCCUCCGCAAUUUAGCCAUUGGCUGCAAAUGAGGAAAGUUGGCUCCGAAUAUUUAUUUUAUUUUUUUUAAAACUUACUUUUGUUAAAGCAAAACUAAAGCAAAACUAACGACGAGAGAACAACUGGGAGAACUGACAAUUUGACUAACAAUAGACGACUGUUUAACUGUGACAAUAGACGGAUCGGAACGCACCAAUCACUGAUGACGAGUCUUCAUAUCCAAUAACAUCACGGCUUAACUUACAGACGACCAAUAACAUCGCGACAUAAUUGACCAAUCAGAUCAAUAACCAGAGUAUGAUAUCAUCAACUGGCGUGAUACAACUCACUUUGACUCUGGAGAUGACUACCGCAAAGGUUGUCGAAACGUCAGUCACUGUCAACAACAGUCCUAUUUAGGACUACGUUCACCCGGACGAUCAAACCACACAUGUCCAAUAAACACAAACGGAUACGAUUCGUCAAACUGAUGGUCCAUUGGUGCCAAUGGCACGAUUGGUACCAAUAGAAAAGCACCCUAUUCCAAUGGUUCUGUUGGUGCAUAUGCAUCUAAUUAAGGGGACUUACAUUAUUUUCCCAUGUGACCUGGUUGGGUACAGGGCAAUUCCAAUGGUCCAUUGGUACCAAUGGUACGAUUGGUACCAAUGGAAAAGCACCCUAUUCCAAUGGUUCUAUUGGUGAAUAUGCAUCUCAUUAAGGGGACUUAGAUUAUUUUCUCAUGUGACCUGGUUGGGUACAGGGCAAUUCCAAUGGUCCAUUGGUACCAAUGGUACGAUUGGUACCAAUGAAAAAGCACCCUAUUCCAAUGGUUCUAUUGGUGAAUAUGCAUCUCAUUAAGGGGACUUAGAUUAUUUUGCCAUGUGACCUGGCUGGGUACAGGGCAAUUCCGAUGGUCCAUUGGUACCAAUGGUGCGAUUGGUACCAAUGGAAAAUGAUGCCAUUCCAAUGGUUCUAUUGGUGCAAAACAAGUUCACUUUUACACCAAGUGAAAACGCGCUAAUAAUUAUUAUGAACGUUCCUCGUUCUAUAAGAAAACCACGCAAAACAAGUUCGCUUUUACAUCAAGUAAAAGCGCGCUAUAAUUCUUAUGAAUAUUCCUCGUUCUAUAUCCCAAUCACGCAAAACAAGUUCGCUUUUACACCAAGUAAAAGCGCGCUAUGAUUCUUAUGAAUAUUCCUCGUUCUAUAAGCCAACCAUGCAAAACAAGUUCGCUUUAAAACCAAGUAAAAACGUGCUUUAAAUAAUUAUUAUGAAUAUUCCUCGUUCUAUAAGCCAACCAUGCAAAACAAGUUCGUUUUUACACCAAGUAAAAACGCGCUAAAAAUUAUUAUGAAUAUUCCUCGUUCUAUAAGCCAACCACGCAAAACAAGUUCGCUUUUACACCAAGUAAAAGCGCGCUAUAAUUCUUAUGAAUAUUACUCGUCCUAUAAGCCAGCCACACAAAACAAGUUUACAUCAAGUAAAAGCGCGCUACAAUUCUUAUGAAUAUUCCUCGUUCUAUAUCCCGAUCACGCAAAACAAGUUCGCUUUUACACCAAGUAAAAGCACGCUAUGAUUCUUAUGAAUAUUCCUCGUUCUAUAAGCCAACCAUGCAAAACAAGUUCGCUUUUACACCAAGUAAAAACGUGCUAAUAAUUAUUAUGAAUAUUCCUCGUUCUAUAAGCCAACCACGCAAAACAAGUUCGCUUUUACACCAAGUAAAACGUGCUAAUAAUUAUUAUGAAUAUUCCUCGUUCUAUAAGCCAACCACACAAAACAAGUUCGCUUUUACACCAAGUAAAAGCGCGCUAAUAAUCAUUAUGAAUAUUCCUCGUUCUAUAAGCCAACCAUGCAAAACAAGUUCGCUUUUACGCCAAGUAAAAACGAACUAAUAAUUAUUAUGAAUAUUCCUCGUUCUAUAAGCCAACCACACAAAACAAGUUGCCUUUUACACUAAGUAAAAACGCGCUAAUAAUUAUCAUGAAUAUUCCUCGUUCUAUAAGCCAACCGCGCAAAACAAGUUCGCUGUUACACCAAUUAAAAACGCGCCAUAAUUCUUAUGAAUAUUCCUCGCUCUAUAGGCUAACCGCGCAAAACAAGUUCGCUUUCACACAAAGUAGAAACGCGCUAAUAGUUACAAAGCGAGGGCGACCUAUAUAUCUAGCGCUAAUAAUAUCUCAAGAUGCUGCGAGUAUAACAAACAUCGUACGAACAUCAAAAUUGAAAGGUAACGCGUCACUGUCGUGUUCGUUCUGUUUAUUGUGAUUCACGAGCAAACAACAACAUGACAUAUGAAUGUCUUCUUUCCUGUACGCAAGCACUAUUUUUCGGUAAUUCUUACUUGUUAAAAGAACCCGAAACAACGCGGAAAGGCGCGAAACUAGCAAAGUGGUAUUGAGGCAACAGGUUUUAACAACUGUACUCAACUCACUGUGAAAUUAACUUCUGAAAUUUCUUAGCGCAAUUUCAUUAUCUACAAGGAAGCGUUUAAACCAAAACAAGUUUUCAAUGAAGAGUUUCCGAAAAGGGUGGUUAUAUCAUGCUAUUGCUCCUAAGAGAGCCGUUUUAUAUUCAAGUGACUGAAGUCACUUUUGACUGUUGACGUGGGGUUUGUCGUGCUAUAAUCAAGGUCGUAGUAAAACCAUUGAUGUAUUUAAUGUCAACGUUGUCCUUGACAAAUUGUAUUUGCCGUGCUCUUUUCUCGGCUGUAGCUUGCGAUGAGGCCAAUCGUACCAUUGGUACCAAUGGACCAUUGGAAUUGCCCUGUACCCAGCUAGACCACUUGAGAAAAUAAUCUAACUCUCUUAAUGAGAUGCAUAUUCACCAAUAGAACCAUUGGAAUAGGUUGCUUUUCUAUUGGUACCAAUAGUACCAUUGGAAUUGCCCUGUACCCAGCUAGACCACAUGAGAAAAUAAUCUAAGUCCCCUUAAUGAGAAGCAUAUUCACCAAUAGAACCAUUGGAAUAGGGUGCUUUUCUAUCGGUACCAAUCGUACCAUUGGUACCAAUGGACCAUUGGAAUUGCUCUGUACCCAGCUAGACCACAUGAGAAAAUAAUCUAAGUCCCCUUAAUGAGAUGCAUAUUCACCAAUAGAACCAUUGGAAUAGGCUGCUUUUUCAUUGGUACCAAUCGUACCGUUGAUACCAAUGGACCUUUGGAAUUGCCCUGUACCCAGCCAGACCACAUCUGAAAAUAAUCUAAGUUUCCUUAAUGAGACGCAUAUUUACCAAUAGAACCAUUGGAUUAGGGUGCUUUUCCAUUGGUACCAAUCGUACCAUUGGUACCAAUGGACCAUUGGAAUUGCCCUGUACCCAGCUAGACCACUUGAGAAAAUAAUCUAACUCUCUUAAUGAGAUGCAUAUUCACCAAUAGAACCAUUGGAAUAGGGUGCUUUUCCAUCGGUACCAAUCGUACCAUUGGUACCAAUGGACCAUUGGAAUUGCCCUGUACCCAGCUAGACCACAUGAGAAAAUAGUCUAAGUCCCCUUAAUGAGAUGCAUAUUCACCAAUAGAACCAUUGGAAUAGGGUACUUUUUCAUUGGUACCAAUAGUACCAUUGGUACCAAUUGACCAUUGGAAUUGCCCUGUACCCAGCCAGACCACAUCUGAAAAUAAUCUAAGUUUCCUUAAUGAGACGCAUAUUUACCAAUAGAACCAUUGGAAUAGGGUGCUUUUCCAUUGGUACCAAUCGUACCAUUGGUACCAAUGGACCAUUGGAAUUGCCCUGUACCCAGCUAGACCACUUGAGAAAAUAAUCUAACUCUCUUAAUGAGAUGCAUAUUCACCAAUAGAACCAUUGGAAUAGGGUGCUUUUCCAUCGUUACCAAUCGUACCAUUGGUACCAAUGGACCAUUGGAAUUGCCCUGUACCCAGCUAGACCACAUGAGAAAAUAGUCUAAGUCCCCUUAAUGAGAUGCAUAUUCACCAAUAGAACCAUUGGAAUAGGGUGCUUUUUCACUGGUACUAAUCGUACCAUUGGUACCAAUGGACCAUUGGAAUUGCCCUGUACACAGCCAGACCACAUGAGCAAAUAAUCUAAGUCCCCUUAAUGAGAUGCAUAUUCACCAAUAGAACCAUUGGAAUAGGGUGCUUUUCUAUUGGUACCAAUCGUACCAUUGGUACCAAUGGACCAUUGGAAUUGCUCUGUACCCAGCUAGACCACAUGAGAAAAUAAUCUAAGUCUCCUUAAUGAGAUGCAUAUUCACCAACAAAACCAUUGGAAUAGGGUGCUUUUCCAUUGGUACCAAUCGUACCAUUGGUACCAAUGGACCAUUCGAAUUGCCCUGUACCCAGCUAGACCACAUGAGAAAAUAAUCUAAGUCUCCUUAAUGAGAUGCAUUUUCACGAACAAAACCAUUGGAAUAGGGUGCUUUUCCAUUGGUACCAAUCGUACCAUUGGUACCAAUGGACCAUUGGAAUUGCCCUGUACCCAGCUAGACCACAUGAGAAAAUAAUCUAAGUCUCCUUAAUGAGAAGCAUAUUUACCGAUAGAACCAUUGGAAUAGGGUGCUUUUCCAUUGGUACCAAUCGUACCAUUGAUACCAAUGGACCAUUGGAAUUGCCCUGUACCCAACCAGGUCACAUGCGAAAAUAAUCUAAGUCUGCUUAAUGAGAUGCAUAUUCACCAAUAGAACCAUUGGAAUAGGAUGCUUUUCUAUUGGUACCAAUCGUACCAUUGGUACCAAUGGACCAUUGGAAUUGCCCUGUACCCAGCCAGACCACAUGAGCAAAUAAUCUAAGUCCCCUUGAUGAGAUGCAUAUUCACCAAUAGAACCAUUGGAGUAGGGUGCUUUUCUAUUGGUACCAAUCGUACCAUUGGUACCAAUGGACCAUUGGAAUUGCUCUGUACCCAGCUAGACCACAUGAGAAAAUAAUCUAAGUCUCCUUAAUGAGAUGCAUAUUCACGAACAAAACCAUUGGAAUAGGGUGCUUUUCCAUUGGUACCAAUCGUACCUUUGGUACCAAUGGACCAUUGGAAUUGCCCUGUACCCAACCAGGUCACAUGCGAAAAUAAUCUAAGUCUGCUUAAUGAGAUGCAUAUUCACCAAUAGAACCAUUGGAAUAGGGUGCUUUUCUAUUGGUACCAAUCGUACCAUUGGUACCAAUGGAGACCCUUCUUAUCACCACUAACACCAAUGGAGUCUAUUUGUGAGUAUUGGACAACCCUCCCCACUUUGUUUUGUUUUUUUUUUGGGGGGGGGGGGGAGAGGGGAAGAAGGGGGGGGGGGUUUGGGGGGGCAAACUCGUGCACACUGUUAAAAAAAAUUGACGUUAAUCCUUAAGUCAUUUUCGCCACAACUCAACGUACCUACAUAACCUUACAAUAGGGUUCUCUCUGCGAAUAACCUUCAAUCUCUUUCUGCGGACACAGACGUAUUUCGUUUACGUCUGUGUCAGCAGGCCAAUUACAGUUUAUAUAACAGUUGCAUGUAAUGAGGACACUCCUACUGGCAAUCAAUCCAUUGCUUGGAUUCUGGAUUCCCACCAGUGGAUUCCGGAUUCCAGGUACUGGAUCCAGAUUCUUUGCCAGUGGAACCGGGAUUCCGGAUUCCAACAGCUAGUGGAAUUCCGGACUUCUUGAGCUGUAUUCCGGACUCCACAGCAAAAAUAUGCUGGAUUCCAGAUUCUACAAUCAAAAAAUUCCCGGAUUCGCUUGCAUGGGGCAACUUCAAUUGCUCUUAAUUUGUCAUUUUGCUGACAAUCCACUUUAUAUUUAUGCUCUAUCCGCGCCUUUGUUGUAUUGGUUUAUUUGUUUUGUUUGCUUUCAGGGCAUCCUUGAGUGGUAACGUUGAAGUCAUUGAACAUCUCAUUAACAAGGUAAAUUUUUCUACGAAGAAUGCUUUUAUUCAAGUCCCAACUAAGAUCGAACUUACAUUUUUGAAAAAAAAAAAGUCAUUUAUUUUAUUUGUCUUUGCUUAUUUAUUAUUUUAGUUAUUUUAUCUUAUCAUUUUCUGGGAGGGAGGGGGGUCAUUGGAUUUUAAUUCUUUUUAGCUCCUUCUCUCUUGGUUACGCACAAUGAAUAACAGAAAUAGAGAGUACUUAAUACUUUCCUACAAUAAUGUUGCCAGUCUAAGCUUUCCUUUACCCGGUUAAUGUCAACAGUAAGUUGUUUAACCGCGGACUGGUUCAAGUUAUUUAGACCGUCAAUUUCACAACUUUUUCUUACCGAUUCCCUUUAAAUUUGUAAUAGUUUUGAACCCAGGAGUCAUGUCAUAAUGGUUAUUUAUGAGCGUCGUGGUGAGUGUAGUCCUAAUAAUUGGACUGUUGCUGAGAUAGUGAAUGGCCGACUGAAUGGUAGUCGUCUUCAGUCAAAUUCGUUAAAAUCUUUCAAUUAGUAAAACGUUUCCACCGCAUGUAUAGUUCUGUUGUUAAAAGGGCCGUGUCGUGGUGAGUAUAGACUACGGGUAGUCCCUCAUUUUUACUCAAGGAUAGUAGAGCGAGCGAAACGCGAGCGCGCGUGAAAGUCUCCCCACGCAAGAAAAGGCGACACGCGGCGGGAAGAGAGAAAAAAUUUUUCUCUCUUCCCGCCGCGUGUCGUCUUUUCUCGCGUGGGUUGAUUUUCACGCGCGCUCGCGCUUCGCUCGCUCUACUAUCCUUGAGGAAAAAUGGGGGACUACUCGUAGUCUAUGGUGAGUAACACAUCUUUUGGCCGAAGCUGAACUGAAAUUAAAUCAAAAUCUCCGCAGUCAAUUCUUCUCAUAAGUAGAACUUAAAAAGAAAGAUAUUAAAGGAUUCUGUCAAAGGAAAAACAGAGCAUGUUCGUUUUUUUGGUAAUUUUUUUGGAACACAGGCUGGGAUUUAACUUGAAAAAGUUCGCCCAAUCGAUCUUUUUCAAACAAUCUUGUCCAUCCUGCCCGUCGAAUACCGAAGAUAUACACUUGUAGUUAAGGUUUAGCAGUUUGGAGAAAAAAUUUUGAAUAUAUAAAACUGACCCAGUAUUUCGGAUCUUCUUUAACCCAAUGUUUGUUGCUUCUUGAAUAUAAUCUCUCCAUGUUUCCCUUCGUGGGAAAGUAUCGACCCAUUACCAGGUGCAGUAGUUCUUUUGUUAAUCUGUCCAUGUCCCCUUAGGGGGCAAGCAUCAACCCAUUAUCAGGUUGUACGGCUCCUUCACCUCUGAUGUGUGCUGUGAAGAACGGCCACCACGACGCCAUUAAGUUCCUUCUCCAGCGCGGAGCUCUAAUAGACUUUACAGACUCUUAUCACAGAACCUGCCUCCACGUAGCUGCACACAGUGGUAAUGCGGACACAGUGGAUAUUAUCUUAAAGGUGAUUAAGUCUCAAUUGCGAUAGACUUGAAUAUUUGAGAUUUAUACCCCAUGAUCCAUUGACUGUGAGACGCGCCGUGUCCACCCAGGUUUACAGCUAUUUCGAGAAAGGUUGUCGGAGAAAAUGUGCACGCGACAAUCCCAAAAGGUAAUAUGGUAUAUGUUCAAUACACUGUUCCUGACACUGUAGCUGUCGAACCUACUCUUGUUGCUUUCCUUUAGCACUCGCAGAUAUAUAUCCACGGCCUCUCCUGCCAUUCUUUCAAAUUUCUUUGAAAAACAGUGAACUCAAAAUCACCCACCGUUCGGGAUUGUCGCGUGCACUUUAUCCGACAACCUUUCUCGAAAUAGCUGUAUACAUUAGAGUUGUUCUUAAACUAGCACGUGACAUAACAUCAGAUCAAGUCUCAGUCUUAUUGCAUAACAAGAAUUUAAUGCAUAGAUCAAUCUUUCCUGAGGUAAGACAUGUCUGAAGUGCUCUUAAAAUAAGUCAAAGAGAAGUGAAUCUACGUCAGUGAGGAUGGACUAAUUUGGGCGCCUAAGAACACGCUCCCACAACGUCUUUUUCUUCAAUGUCGAGGAGCGCCCCACCAUUCAGUGGUGAUCAAUAGAGUUAAACUAGCUGGCGAGAUCGCGUGCGGUUCUCGUGUGACCUCUCGCGACUUUCCCAAAUGGAGAGCUUGCCCGCAGACUAGAAUUAAACUUUCGGUGGUGAUCCUGGCCGUUUGAUAAUGUAACCAAAUAUCCAUAGCACCAUAUGACCAAAAACACAAGUAGACGAUAUACUUUAGUUGUAAGCUAACCCCAGGUCAAACGUCGAACCUAAUGUUAAUGAGCAAAAUCUGUUUCUCUCCUGUCCAGUAGCAUCGUGUUCGUAUGCGUUCCAUUGACCCUGGCCUUUAAGCUUUCUACUAAUUUUGCAAGCCAGAAGUAUGACUUAUAAACUGGAAAUUAGCCAGUGACAAUAAGGAAGGAGGGUAAUUAAUGAUUAUUAUUUUGAUUUUAAGAAUGGUGGCAGAGAUUUGAUUUACAGCGUGGACAAAGAAAACAGGACACCCAUCCAUCACGCUGCUUGUAAUGGGAGUCUACAGGUUUGUAGAUUUUGAAAAGUUACAAUUAGGCAGGCGCGCAUAUUUAUUGAUUAAUAUUAAAUAAUAAUAAUGAUAAUAAAUCUCUUAUAUGGCGAGUAGAGGGUAGUAUGGUGGGACUCGUUUACUCGUCUGUUGCAUUUUGACUAAAAAUAUCCAACGAUGCUGCACAAUAAACCUUCUAAUACCUAUACAUAUAAAGUCAUUGAGAAUGUCGAUCACCUUGCUUAAAGGUUAGCUUAGCCCAAUAAAUUCUUUCCAAUCCCUAGUUUCGUGGUGAGCGUAUGAUGCUCCAACUGGCUUCUUAGAAUUUGGAACAAAUCACUUUUCCCUUGAACAUAUAGUAUAGGAGAAAAACCACUGAGCUUCAUUUAAAGCUCUUUGAAGACUCAGGGGCACCCAACGUCAAUUUUCGGAAAAUAUCUGUUCGGAAGACGAUUUGAGAACCAGAAUUUUCGGAACAUUUUUUGCAAAAUCUCUUGCUUGCCUACCUCUCCUAGGAUUUUCGAACAUCUAAAAGUUGGUAUAAUUGCCCAAUUUUAACGAAUUUUUAACCUAAAAAGUUCACCUAGAAUUUUCGGGAACUUUUUUUCUGGCUGAAAUUUUCGAAAAGGUAAGUUUUGAUCCCUAUAAUUUUCGGAUCUCUUUCAGCUAGGAAAUCCGAAUAGAUGAAUAGAUGAAUUUUAGAGGAUAAAAAUAUGCCUAUACCUACCGUUUAAAUACUAAAAUACGUUUAACAAUGCUAUGUUUAAGUGGUUUUUUUUGUCCUCGUUGGGUGCCUCUGAAGACUAACAUUUGUGUUUUUCAGUACUGAAUUCUAUCUUUUUUUACUGUUUAGAUUGUACAAACGUUACUUAAUGCAGAAGCUGACGUAAAUAUAAAAGAUUACGAGGAAAAAGUUCCAUUACACUUGGCUGCUGAGUGAGUUAUUGAAAAACCUGAACCACGAGAAAUGCCAUAAACCCCCUUUUUACCUUCCUCGCUAGAGACCUCUGCUACCAGGGAAUGUUUUACCCUUUAAUGAACCGGUCUCCUAACUACAGUAUAUGUAUAGAACCUCGAUAACUCGAACUCGGAUAACUCUAAUUUCCCUAUAACUCGAACUAAAUUUCCUUUCCCUUGAUCACAAUUUCACUGAAAUUUACCCCGAUAACUCGAAUUCCCCGCUAACUCGAACUGUUUUUCGUUUCCCUUAAGAGUUCGAGUUACCGGUUCUGCCGUAUACACAUGGGUUGGUUGCCCCAUGCUAGGGAAUCCAAGAAAUAAGUCUUGGAUUCUGAAUUCCACGCCGCGGAUUGCGGAUUCCAGGUGCUGGAUUCCAGUCUUUGACAGUGGGGCCUAUACUCUGGAUUCCAAUCUUUAGUGGGAUUCCAGAUUCCUUGACCUUUUUUCCGUAUCCCAAAGCCCAGGAUUUCGGAUUCCAUAAGCAAAAAUUUCCCGGAUUCCGGAAUCUGGAUUCCCUUAUAUGGGGCGAGGUCAGAUUUAAGGAGAAUUAAAGCUAUAUAAUAUUAAAAUUAGAAGUACAAUUAGACGUAAGGGUAUCAAAAAAUAAAGUUAACUCUAUUUGACUUAAUAACAUGAAAUAAGUGAUCAAAAAAAAAAUUAAAAGAAAAAAUAACCCCUUUAGUAGCAGAGACUAACUUUGAACAGUUUCUUUCACAUGUAAAAGAAUUUUUGAUUUCAUGUCUCGAAACCAAAUGAACAUUGUCUUUCCUUACUGUCUCCUACAAUUUGCAAUUCCUGUGCUUCCUAAAGAAUCACUAGUGAGAUUCAUACUGAACUAUUCUUUUAACCGUUAUCCGCGUCGCGCCUUGAACGAACUGAAUGCACCUUUAUCCAUACAAACUAUGGUUUAUCCUUAUCCUCUGUAACGCAUACAAGAACUUUGAGCAGUAAAAACCAAACUUCUAUGCAACUAUUACUGGUAAAUCUUGAAUUUGUUAGGAGUGGUAAUCUCGCUUGUGUUAAGCUGCUGUUAGAAGCCAACCCGAAGUCUCUGUACAACACAGAAUACAGAAUGAGGACGCCAAUACAUUAUGCCGCUUUUGAAGGCCACGUGCAUGUAGUAAAGUUCCUAUUGGAUCAAGGAGCCAAUCCCGAUUACAGGUCAGUAACCGUUUUUAAUCGGUCAUUAGUACUUUUACAUUAGUUGUGUUUGGUCAUGUUUGAUUUUGAUAUGCAGUUGAACCACCAUUGAGCGGCGCGCCACCCUCUGUUAAGCGGCCAGUUAUCAAAGUCCCAUAAUAAUGGUAGAAAAUAAAGGGAACUAAAAGCUCUAUCCUUUUUAGCGGCCACCUUUUGGUCGUCCCAACAAGAGUUCUCCCAUUGUUGCCACCUCUGUUAGGCGGCCUUCUAGCUCUUGACACAGUCUUACGUUUAUCAAGAAUAUGAUCAGCUCUAUGAUAAAGGAAAUGCAGUCCGAGAUAGAAGGUGCCGACCAACUGUGGACAAGAUAUGCUGCUCCCGGCGUGUGUUUGUUUCAAAAUAAAGUGAUGUUUCUGCUAAAGAUUAUGCUAAUUUAUGGCGACCCUCUAUUGAGCAGCCAACCUCCAAUAAGUGGCCACUUGCCGGUACCCCGUGGGUUGGGCUUAAUGGAGGUUCAGCUGCAUAUUGGGAUAUAAAUUCCACAUAAAAUCUCUUGACGCACCAAAACUACACUGUAUUUCCUUAUAUCCCUCUAUGGAUUCUCUCCUCUGAUAGGUAAGCAUCAGCUAGCAUUUAUCUGUUCGUUUUCUAGAGACGAAAAUCAUCUGACCCCACUUAUGAUGGCGGCACAAAAGGAUCAUUACCAGACUGUCAUUUUGCUGUUGGACUAUGGUGCAAAAAUUGGUGCACGUUCUAAGAACCGGGUAAUACAAAAUUAACCCUCACAUGUACACGCAAACUCAUACCCCCAUACCGUGGUACAAGGGCAGGGAGGGGCUGGAUGGAACCCCUCCCCGGAGUUUUUUAAUGUCGUAGUAUUUCAAAACGAUUUUACCUUUAGUGGAAAACGUUUGAUCUUCUUAACAAGAUGAGGUAUAUUUUAUGGAUGGUGGCGCUGCUGGAGGCCUGUGACGUCACCAACAAUGGUCGCCAUCUUGGCCGCCGUCUUGGAUUUUACCGAGAAUUAUAAAUCAGGCUUAAACCGCGAGAAAUGGUAAUUUUUUGUGCUAUACAUGAAAAAAUAGCACAUAAAUAAGCACUUUGCAUGAUUUUAGAAGAAAGAAUUUGAAAAAACAUGUAUUUUCAUCCAAAAAUGGCUUGGCCACCUGCUACUUAUGACGUCAUAUCUUGUAACCAUAGCAACUGACCAUCACUAAACUUGUCUCAAAAUGUGCGCAGGGGAUGAACGAACAGCUACUAAAAAGUUCAGGUGCUGAUGUUUUAUUCUCUAGGAAAAAACUCAGAAAAACCUCAGGGAGGUAGCAUCCAUCCCGAUCCCCCCCCUCCCCCAUUGUCAUCCCAGGGUUUAUUUGUCUUACAUUGUUACCAGCACUGUUCAUAGACGUAGGAAGCAAGAACUAUUCAACUACAAUAUAUUUUUAAGUUUAACUUUAAUGCUUCUAUAUUUCUCUAAUCAUCUGUACUUACUUAAACAUUUAGCAAAAUAGUAUUCACUGAACAAUUCUUCUAUUAUGCUUUAUUGUCUUCGCCAACGUCGGGUCGAUGGGUGCAACGAUAAAGGUAUUUUAUACCCGGGGAAUAUGAAUUUUUGGGUGGGGUAUGGUGUUGGGGCUCCGGAACUGAUGACCUAUACCAGAUAAUAUUCAGGUACAAUUCUGCUACCCAAUUACGUGGUAGGCACCAAAAAUCCCUAUCCCAUCCCAGAUUAAAUAUGAAGUGGAAACUCUUCACACCGUUAGUCAAUUUCCAAUUAUAUAAUGAGUCCCAAUUCCAGACCAAAAUUCUCUGAUUUCUAUACCCUACACCAGACUAAACUGCUUGAAAAGUAUAUUACCUUCAAGGGAGUGCAUACCUCAGUAUGUUUGCAUCGCAUUAUCGGGUGUAGGUGAAAGAAUUUUUUUUUCAUUGCUCCUUUUAUAACAGACAACAGCAAUUGAUGUAGCGGCAUACUUUGGAAACGCUCGCAUAGUAAGAGUGUUGUUAAAUCGUGGAGCGAGCGUGACUAACAAGUGCGUCUUUGGUCAAGGAUGUCUCGAUUGUGCCAUUAAAGGGUCUCGACCAUCAGAAACAAGUUUGGAAAUUUUGAAACACAAACGGUGAGAACAUUGGAGUUUUAUUUCUAGCUACUGCGGAAUUAUCAAGGCCAACUUUCAUUCAUUCAUUCAUUAAUUUUGCCAUAAACCAUUAACUGUAUAUUAAUGUAAUUUACAAAACACAACAAAUUGAAAAAAUAUAUAAUAAGAGGAUAGUCACUAUUCUAUUUCUCAAAUCUUUGAAAUGGUUAUGGCAAGGAAGCCUAUAUUAAUAGAAGCCGAAGACUUAUGAACUAUAAACUUUCUGAGAAUAUAAGCUACACCACAUGGAUUAAUUCGUACUGAAUUAGAAAAAUGGAUUAUUAUGAAAAUUAAAGAAAGAAAAAAAGAAAAGAAAAGAAAAAAAAAGAGCAUAAACUUUUCAAAAACUUCUCAAUGUUAAGGUUUUUGUCACUCUACAAUAGAUUUGUUGACAAUUUUCUCUGUUUACUUUUUAUGUGUGUAAUUUUCCCUUUAACGAUAAACUUCUGUCGAUGGUGCUUUCUUAUUUACAGUGUGCUGCAUUGAAUGUCCUUUUUAUCUUUUUACUGUUCAGUUGGAAAGAAGCUAUUGAAGUCAAAGAUGAUGAUGGGUUCUGCAUGAUGAAAAAACUUAUUGAAAAACUUCCUGAAGUGGCCAAGGUUAAAAACAUUAUGGAUACGAAAAAGUAAAUUAGUUAAUGCGCAGGAAAGCAAAACAAUAAACAAUGCUUGACUUUUUCUCGAGAAUAAUGUUGACUUGCAGCGUACAGAUCUGUAUGCCCUUUUUCUGCUCUAAGCAGAACUUUCUAAGAUGAAGACAUGCUUAACUUUACAUAGUCAAAAAGCGUGCGAUGAUCAUUCUUCACUUUCAUCUACAACCACAGUUCAAAUAUGAAUUAUUUCAUAUACUUCACAUCUUUACAUAGUCAAUCAUCGAUUUUUUAGUACAAAUGAACUUUUCGGUCAUGUGAAUAGUGAAAAAACAAACAAACAAAAAAAAAAACAAACAAAAAAAAGAGAGAUGAAUUUGUACUGAUUUCCAUUUCUUCUAAAAUUUUGCAUGCAUGGUAACGCCGAAAAGACAUGCAGUGUAUAGAACCUGAAAAAUAGUUCAAACCACUGAGUAAAACUCAGCUGUUUAGUUGAAACCAUAGUUUCUGCACAUGUUGUUCUCUACGCUCAAGAAGUCUUAUUUUCGCUUCCAGGUUGCAAUGGACAAAUGUUUAGAGACAUCUGAUUGUAUGAAAACAGAUGAAGCAUUUUCGGUACGUUUGCUAGUGUUACCCGACAAGUGCCACAAUGCAAUUUACAAUAAUUAGUACAUAACUCAGCCAAAUAUACAUGAAUUUUCUUAGUGAUAAUAAGUCGUACUGUAACAUCUACACGAGUAAAUUAUGUUUUGAAAAGCACAAUUUUUUAUUUACAUUUAGCUUACUAAAAAUAAUCCAUUAAUUGCAAGUCACUUUUUCUAAGACAGUAAGACGGUGCUUAUUCAUAUUAACCUUGUUUUUAAUCUACAGAUCUCAUAUAAUUUUGUGUAUCUCGACCCAGUUCCUGGCAAACAAACAAAUUCGAAAGGAAUGCGUUACUUUGGACCUAAGGUAAGCUUAACUGACGAAUGUGUUUUCACAGUGAGGACUUUACUGUUUGUGUCGGUUCUGCAAUACUCAGAGGGCAUGACUGUGUCAAUAGAGCUGGCUUCAAAGUUGAUGUCAUGCUGACCAGCAUUUUUCACGUUCUCAUCGUCCAAAGUUUUUAAAACGUCUGGCAAUUCCCCUAAAAUUUGGGGAAGAAGCAAACCCUCCCGUACCACAUGACACUAAAAGGUAAUACUGGGACAUAAAAGCGCUAAACAUUUCCUUAUCGAUAUCACCAAGCAUUUCUCCCUUUUUGUUAUACCCAUAUGAUCAAAGCGUGGACGAACGCAGUUUAUUAAUGUGACAGAGUCUAGUUGGGAUAUGUAAAUUUAUCCAAAGUUUUUUUUUACACCAAUUAUUAUUAAUCGCUUGAAAUUCAUCGGAAGUUGGUUUCCGGACAGGUCCGCAAACUUUUACUCAGUGAUAUCAACAAAGAAUAAUGGGAUAUUAUGCUCUAUUGGUCUAUGCUCUCUCUUGAUCGCCGUUACAAUAAUCUGCAUGUUUGCUUUGAAGGCCCGUUGCCAACCUUGAUGCAACGCAAUAUUUUGUUUUGAUUUCUCGCUUUUGUAAAUGGCGGGCUCUGAUUGGUCAACAUUUUUGCCAGGCUUUCUCGCAAAAAGACAAAAUAGCUAUUCGCCACUUUGAGGUUGCGCGGUUGACCGGGUCGAGAUGGCUUACUUGAAAGCCAUCUCGACCCCGUCAACAGUGCAACCUCAAAGUGGCCAAUAGUCAGAGCUUGUCAGAGUAGGUCAGCUUGUCAGAGUUGGUCGCGUCGGCGUUGUAUGUGUCCUCAUCUGACAAAUGGUUGCACAGGUAAUGUGACAAAAUAUACACGUGCAUUCAAAUUUAUAACAUAUGUAAGCCGCCGUAAAGAUGCAAGGAACCGUUCAGUUUAUUUUUCAGAUCUGUGCCGUGGUAAUAGCUUUUAAUUGUUUUCCCGGAAAUGGUGAAGGAAGAUGAUGGUAUCUUCAACAGGCAAAGUUUAUUGACAGUGAGAGUGUAUUCACACGGCUACCAAAAGCGUUUGAAAUUUGCACACGAAAAGUCAAAACAUAACUUGCUCGGGAAAUUUGUUGAAUAUUAACGAUAGUAACGAUAAUCAAAUGUUAUGAAAGCAAAGAAGGCUAUUCAGCAGAAAAUGUACCGUGAAAACUCAUGCAUGAGGUGAUGGUAAACGGAUAGCCCGAGCCGUUCGAACGGCGGAUGGCAAUUUUUUCCAACGCAUAGCCCGAGCCUUUCGAAAGGCAAUUUUUCUCGAACGGAUAGGCCGAACCGUUGGAACGGAUGGCAAUUUUUCUCGAACGGGUAGCCUGAGUCGUUCGAAGGGACAAUUUUUUUUCGAAUGGAUAGCUAGAGCAGUUCGAACGGAUACCAAAUCUUUCACAACUAUCAGUAAUUUCGUGUACCACGAAAUUCGCGGGAUUUGUGUUCUCGGCGCGCAGUGCAUUAAGGUUGGCAAUGGCCCUUUAAGGCAGUCGCACAAAGAGACGUUUCAAAUAAUCAAUUAAAAUAUGCCGGCGUCCAAAAAAAUUCCUUUAGAUUCCGUUUGAAUACAUCCUCUAAAAAUAACCUUGGUGAAAUUCACAUAUUCCGGCCAACGCCCUAAGAUUCUCCCUCUUUCCCAUUUUUCAUGAAUUCCAUAUGCCAUUGUAAAUUAUUCCAGACUAGCCUUGAAUGUUGUCAGCUUAGAUAGAGGCAAACCGGGUUCGGAGACUGAAGAGAAAACUCUUUUUUGAAUUCUUUGAUAUUAGUUACUAAUACUAUUGUUGUUAAGGAGAUGUUGAAGUGUGGCCACAGAGAACUUAUUCUGCAUCCCUUGACUAGAGAACUCAUGAAAUUAAAACGGUAAGUCGAAAAUUAUCUUAUUAUUGAAAUAUUCUUUCUCUCAGUUUAAACCUUAAGGAUCCGCAAGGAGUGGUUUAGUCGCUUCCAACGUCUGUUACGUCACGGAGGGAAAGGUGAUAGAGGAAUGGAGCGAAAAGGGCGGAAAUUAUUUCUGACUGGUUAGCAUGCGUUGCUAUGACAAAUUGAACAUAAACUUGGCAGAAUCUAGUUUUAAAAUAUUUAGGAACGAGUGAUGACUUUACAGCACGACAAGUACCAUUCACAGUCAACCAGCGAACAAAAAUUAUUAUCAGUAAAAGCAAUAAAAAAAACAACAACAAAAUGCCGCUCUGCAGAUAGGAAAUGACUUACAGCGGACUCCCGAUUAUGCAUUUUCGGCUCUGCAGCUGAUAGGUUUAUCCGAUGAAUUUGAACAAAUCACAACACUUUGCCGACGCGGAAAAGCAAUUCUCAUUCAGAAGCGAUGCAGCGAGUUCACACACUUUGUCGGAACGUAAACGAGGUCAGAAAAGUCAAAUUAUAGCAUGAAAGUCUACGUUUAAGGGUUAAAUUCCAUACAUCGUAUUGAAUUCAACUGUAUAGAGAGGAGAAGUCGUUACGUCACGUUGCCAUGGUAGCAAAAUUUCUGGAUGACAACAAACCGAAACAACUGUUUCAAAUUUCUAUCAUCUUAUUCAAUUUCUUUGUAUUUGUAAAAUGAUGGCGACAUUUUCGGGGGUUAAAUCCGAAAGUUUAGAAAAAGAAAAGGAAAAUUUUUGCGUUGUCCUCGCCUACUUCGUAAAGCGGUGCGUGAAAUUAGGAAGUUUCAAGUCGCAGUCGUGCAACGACGGCGAAGAAACGUACAAAAAAGCGUGAUGCACGUGCACAGUUGUUGUUUUGCUGAUAUAAACCUAUUGCUUUUUUCCAGUUCUCUUUGCCGUCGCCAGCGUCGUUGCUUAAGCUCCCUAUUGUUAUGACCCAGAAAUUUUGUUUCCAUGGUAACGUGACGUUACACUUCUCCUCUCUUGUUCUCACGCACAGAACUAAAUAUUAAAGUAAAUUUAAUGAUGGAAAGUAUGUACAGCCUUAAGUAGUUGCACUUUGUGGUCAGGCGGUUUAUUCAAUGAAACUCCAAUUGCAUUACCCUUCAAAAAAACUCCUCCGUUUUUACAAAAGUUACCAAAAUCAGGUCAUUCAUUCCAUCAAUGUGAGCAUUUGAGUGAUUUCGUAUGCAAUUAUAGAACUAAGUGUUCCCUUAAAAUUCCGAAAAUGAGCCCCGGGGCUCUUUUUGAGAGGCUUAUUUUUGGAGGGGCUUAUAUUCGGAGGGGCUUAUCCACGGAGGGAAAUUUGCGUUUCAAAAUUGAUAGGGCUAGCCUUAUAGUUGGAAGUAAAUUUACCGUUUUUGCUUUGUUUUACUUUGUAUUUGAGGGCAAUUUUCCAAGUACAAGCCCCCGGGGGGCUUAUAUUUGGAGGGGCGAUUUAGCGGAGGGUUUUUUUGCGUUACCGGUUUGGGGGGCUUAUAUUUGGAGGGUCUUAUUUUCGGAAUUUUACGGUAUAUUAAAUGAAGGAAAUUUCUACUUCCAUUAAAGCGGUUUGUUGUUGUAUUUUAUUCGCAGCCAAGCUCUCAUUAUAAAAUUCUUUCUUCUGGCUGCUGUGUUUUACAUAUUCUACACCAUAAACCUGACAAUCUUCGUGUUAUGUCUGGAAUCUUUGAAAAUAGACGAAGUUGGCAAUUCUACUACUUUUUUCUCUCAGGUGUGUUCUGCUUCCUUAUUUGGUAUUAGCCUUACUCCCUUGGAAGAAAAGUAAAAGAUUAGUAUGGCCGAUGUGAUAAAACAAAUAAAAGUUGUAAUGACUCCACCUUCUAUGAGGCAACAUUGAUGACGUCAGAUUUAGAUGUUAUAAGAGUAAAAAUUUCUCACGUACUGUCAAAAUUAGCUCGGCAGUUUUCAGUGAAGCCUUAAAACAGCCAUGUUAUGAUGAUGUUGCUUUUUUUCGGGUCAAUUUUGUGAAGCCACUGUUGGAUCAUACCCACUAAAUGCUCCAAUAGAGCAUUUUUACUCACGUGGCCAGCAUCUCUGCAAAUUUAUUGGAACAAAAGAAAGCGUUUGCAUAAGAAAAGAGUUCAACUCCCACAGGACUGGUUUGGGACACUAACACGGCCGCCGUUUCAUUGUUUUGGGACACCAAUAUGGCCGCCGUGACGUCUUGUGAAAACACUCCAUAGAGCUAAGGAGAAGAUAUCAGACAAAUUUUUUCAGGAAAAACUAAACAUAGUACAUUUUUGGUUGAUUUUUGCAGGCAUAACAUUAAAACCAGUCAAUGUAUUAUCAAUAUAUGAUGAAAAGACUGAAACACAUACAAGCUAUUUGUCCCUUUUAAAAUUAGAAUUAGAUAAUGCGCUUCAAGAAUUCAAGAGAAGCAUUAAUCCACAGUUCGUUCUGGAUGCUUAAAUAGGUACUACAGUCAAACGUCGGUUUACGGACACCCGCGCUUAAUAAUACGGACACCUCAUUAUUACGAACAGCUCGCUUUGUCCCUGGGGAAAGAAAGCCCUUACAUUUUCUCUAAAUUUAACCCGCUUAAUACGUACACCUCGUUCAUGCAGACCCUUUUUAAGGCCCCCUCAGUAUCUGUAUUAAGCUUAUUAUUGAGCAAUAUUGAGCAGCGCUUUUUUUCGUAAUAGAAUGUCUGUGCAGAGAAUCUUGAGCCAAUCAGAGGUGUGACAGCCGUUAUAUCAAUAUCCUCUUUGUUGAGUCAUAUUUAUAGAAUUUAUGUCGAGGUUAGUAUGACUUAACGUGCCGUUUUAUCCUCAUUAAAAAUAUUUACAUGUUGGGUGGUGUACUUCUCUUCUAUAGCUCUAAUUUCAUUGUUUCCUUUAUAACCCGCAUCUCUGGUUGUUGAUAAGUUCACAGUUAUUGCUUUGGUCAGUCUUUUAUUCAUUGUUUUUUUUUUUAGUCCAUAUCACCUCUUGUUGCAAACGGUGUACUCAAGUCCCAUUUUCAUAACUGUGGGAGGAAGAGACCGCAUGCAGAGGGGGGAGGGGGAAGUUUUAAUAUGCUGUCGGUCGUUUAUUCAAAACUGAUAAUAGUUAGAUUGCAUAAAAGGUGCGCAAUGGGUAUUUUACUUUCUCUCUAAUUGGUGUGAAGUCUCAACAAACAAGACGGUUGACGCAACACCCUAAAAGAAUUACUCGAAGGCAGCCUAGAGGCUUCUUUUAAAAGAUUUUGCUAUAGUGUUUCAUUCAAUCCAUAGACAAAACCAAGGAUAAAUUGAAGCUCUUUUAGAGUUUAUCUAUUGUCUAGAAGACUCCAGAACGUACAAUAUCUCCGGCAUGCUUCGGUUAUGCUACAGUAUUUCUUUCACUGCACAGACAAAACCAGUGAUAAAUUUUAGCUCGUUUAGAGUUCAUAUAUUGUCUACUGGAAAAGCUCUAGAACUUACAAUAUCCCAUGCUUCUAUAAAAACUAAAUUCUCUGAGCAACUUAACGUUGUUGUUUUUAUUAAUCUUCGCUUCUUCUUCUUCCUCUCGUGCAGAAGGGGAGUUAUUGGAUGGACGUUUCUAAUACAUUGGAAUUAAUGACCUUCUUUUCUGCACUUGUGUCUGUCAGCCAUUUUAUAAAUCGCAGUGAAGGGUUUGAACUUUCCUUCGCAAUUAUAGCAACACUACUGGCGUAUCUUACACUAAUGUCGCAUCUGCAAAGGUAAAUUAGCUUUAAUUAUCUGUUUUUACAUUGUAUGUAGUAUGCUGUAUACCGGCGCAAUUUAUAGUUGUUGGGCAUACUUGCUAAAAAUCAUCCCGACAAACGUAAAAUUAUUUGUACAAAAAGGUAACCGUCUGACAGGAAACCAAUGAACCACAGGUCACACAAAGAUUAGUGUGCUACUCGCCUGAGACCUGGCAUCAGUUACGCGUGUAGUUAUAUAGUUACCAGUAUUGAUUCAGUAUUAAUUUAAUACGGUUAGUUAAAACAUUAGUCCGAGGCAGUGCAAUCAUUAAAAAAGAAACAAACAAACAAAACAACAACAACAACAACAACAACAAUUGAAGUACAUCAACUUCUUUCAGCUGAAUACAAAAAUAUUUUCUUUCAUCCUCUUCAGUUUGCUUAAGACGGGUAUCUACAUUACAAUGAUGUUUGAGGUGCUUCGAACUCUUUUAACGGUAAACUCUCUUUAUUUGUUUAAAAAAAUAAUUAAAAUAUAUUGACAUUAAAUACUUAGGUAACGUUUGCUACCCUAGCUGACGCUUUGUUUGUUGGAAGAGUUCUGUAAAAUGAAAUGACAGAUGUUAAUUCCUUGAAAUCAGGAAAACUUUAGACAGCGUUUGUGCUUGUAACUGUUUUUGACUUUCACGGCAAAGAAUUGCAUACAUGAUAAAUAGCAUCAACAAAGAAAUCAAAACUCAGCUAGCAGGUAACAAUUUUACUACAGGUCAAGUUGAGUGAAAGGGAGUAAGAGAAAAGAACAACAUGACAGUAUAUCACUUUCCAACUGAUCAGCCAAAAAUGUAAAACAUAGCACAUAAAUCCCUGCCCCCCAUUAAUAAUUAAAACUUAUUUGACCUGAGAGACUCGGCUAACACAAUAAUUUUCGAAAAUUAUUGUGUUGGAGUCUCUCAAUCAAAAGUCCGACAAUCAGGAGAAUUAUAAAGUGAAAUUAUAUUUUAGUAUAUCGAAAUUGGUGGAGAUUACGAAAGAGAUCCACAUUUUGUUCCACACGUUGCGACCUACAAUGAAACGAAGUUUUACUAAUGGAACACUCUGUGACAUGUAUACUGUACUUUAUAACAGCUAGUGAUUCCUCCCGAGAUCCUCCCUAGAGACUUGACUGUGCGUAAACCUCCACGUUAAGCAGCAAACAAAAAAGAUUAAUUUAAACAGGCUUACUCUGACUUAUUACCAACGUCGACAUUGUAAAUUUUACAGGUUCUUGCCAUGUUUUUUCUUCUCCUGUUGGCGUUCGCUUUGGCAUUUCAUGUUCUGCUGUCUCGUGAGGCGAACGUAAGUAUUUAUUAAACAACGUUGAAAAUGAUAAGGUUCAUUAGCAGGGCAAUUUUAGAAGAAAUUGUUCCAACAUUGUUGGGAUUGAAGUACGUAUCUUGUUCUGACAGACACAUUUUGCUAUAGUUUUUUUUACAACUCGAUUACAGGCUGUAAGUCCUAUUACAAUGAUACAAUGCUAUAAUAGAGAAGAGAAGUCGUUACGUCACGUUACCAUGAUAGCAAAAUGUCUGGAUGACGGCAAAUGAAACCGUCACCUAAAAAGUGGACUCGCACCGUUUCAAACUUCAUCGUUCUUAUUCAAUUUUAUUUAAUUUGUCAAGUGUUGGCGAAAUUUUCUGGGUUGAAUCCGAAAGGACCGUAUCUAAGUUUAGAAAAAGAAAAAGAAUUUUUUUUUGUUUUGUGCUCUCUUACUCGAUAAAGCGGGCGAGUAAAAUUAGGACGUUUCAUGUCGCAGUCGUGUAACAACCGCUAAGAAAUGUACAAAAAAGCGUGACGCACGUGCAAAGUUGUUCUUUGGCUAAGCUAAACCUAUUACUUUUUUGCUGUUAAAUGAACUCUCUAUUGUUGUUAUCUAAAAACUUUGCUGCCAUAGUAACGUGACGUCACACUUCUAAGGGGAACAACGCAGGAUGUCUUGGUACUAAUGUACUCGCAUUAUUUCAUUAAUCAUAUGUAGGCCUCAAGAGCAGGAUUAAAGAUUGAAGACAACGAUCAGGUGCGUAAUUAAGAAACUUUUAGAAAUAUGCACAAACCAGGAACGCCACUAUACGCCACAUACACAUCUCCCAUAAUGCACCUUAUUUGCCCCCCCCUCCCCCCCUCCUCAAUUUUUACAAAAGCAUUGUUUUCAAUUUCUUCUUGGGACGGCUUUAAUACUCAGGAGAAAUGACAAACAAAAGGUUAUGCAAAAUUUUGGAGGGGUGGAGGGGGGGGCAAUUUAGGUGCAUUAUGGGAGAUGUGCAAUUGGCGUAUUGUUGACGCUCCCGUUGCGACGACAGUUGUUAGCUAGGCCUCAUUAUUCUCUCGCGGCGUAUGUAUUUUCGAGUCACGUGGUCUACCAGUCGUUCGUGCUACAUCACCGAAAUGCAUUAACCAAGAAGACCUGGGAAGAGACCGUACAGGGAAGACAAGUUAUACUCAAGUUACGACCAGCAUUAUGAAGCCCGUGUAAUCUAAAGCUCUCGUGGCCGACCACCACGCCUUUGUGAAUAAUCAGCGUUAUGUUUUUUUUUGUGUUCUCUAUCUUCAAUAACUGCAAUUAAUAACUUGAUCAAAUUUUAUUAGGCAUACAUAAAAUAUACGCUGAUCACCAGCUUCUUGAUCUGUGAUAAUGUACGUACUGUGCUGCGAAUUAACAACAUAUGCCAUGCUUUUUGCUAAAAGCUUUCGAAGCGAUUAUUCUCUCAAUAAAUGUAGCACAUGGGGUUUACGAGAGUCCAUUUUCAUGAACGAUCAGCUUAGUUGCAACCACUUUUAUUAAUCUCUUACUGGAUUUACUUUUUGAUAAAUACAAGAUACAUCACACAUAUAUGGAGGUUUAAACUGUUUAUUACAAACAAACUCCAAACUUUUGUACAAUUAAUGCAAACUCGAUCGGUCCCUGUGGUGUGCGGAUAUAGUGAGGUUGAUCCAUGUCAAACAUAAAACUUGCCUAGUGCAAGGUCCGAGUGAUAAUUACAGUAAUUUUCUGAUCGGAAGUUGUAGCCAGACUUUUGGUUUCCGGGUAGCCCGUCUGAUAUGAGAAGGGGUGGAGAAUGUCUGAUACGAGCUUCUGAUCAGUGGUUUGGACAUAUUUCCUCUUUGUUUCAGGACCCGUUUGGCAGCGUAGAACUGGCUUUACUUAAGGUCUUGGAUAUGAUGAUUGGGGAGUUGGAGUACAACACUUUCUUUGUUGACAAGAAUUUAUAUCUUCCAGAACUCACAAGAUUUGUUUUCGCCCUCUUUUGUGUCCUGAUACCGAUAGUCUUCAUGAAUUUACUGGUUUGUUGCUAUUUUUCCUGGCGUAAAUAUUAAUUAACAUUUUAAAGUUUUUCCAUGAACUGGUAACAUCACUACCGAAAAAUAAAUUCUUAGUUCUUAAUAUUUACUAUGAGAGAAAACAUCUUACACCGUGACGAAUUGCUCCUAAUACAUUGCCAAAUUUUCUUCAUUUUCUUCCCAAAAAGGGGGCUCUAAAAUUUGUGGUAUAAACUUAUUCCCUUUUUAUUUGCACGCUUUCUAAAAUGGCCUUUGUAUGCUAGCAUUUAUUCAGUAUAACUGGUAACAUAAAUGACUGAACGCGGUCUCGGUUUAUGAAUCGACUGAUUGAUUGAUUGGUUGAUUGAUAAUUCGGAAAUGACAUGUCCUCAAGACGAGCCAUCCGUUUUGGCGUCGCUCAGAGUUCAAUUUUGGGGCCUCUGCUUUUUGUUUUAUACAUUAAUGUUAGCAUUAAUAUCUAACCAACUGAUCUGAUCAGGUCGGUUAAUUAAUGGCCAUUUACCCACAUGCAAAAACGUUUACUUAGUCCGAUAACGAUAUCCUCCAUUUGAAAAACAGGGAUUGGGCAUGACAAGCUUAAUAAAAAGAUGAUUUUAUUUACCAUUUAACAAUUAGUCAGUUGUUUAAACAGUUUAUCUUGUGUUAACAGAUUGGUCUGGCCGUAGGAGAUAUUGAAUCCGUUCAGCGAAACGCUGAACUGAAACUUUUGGCAAUCGAGGUAGGGUUUUGAAAUUCAAACGAAUAAUUUUCAAAUAAGGCAAGAGUAUCAAAUAAUACAGAGGCGUACGACUUUUUUAACAAUUGGGCAUGACAUACAUGGAGUCCAUUACCGCCCGCAAAUAGCAGGUGCUAGUCGAGACAGGUACAGGGGUACAGCAGUCAGUGGUAAAUUAGAAUGGUUAAUUCAAAAUGAAUCAGUAAAUAUAGCUAAUAAAUAUUAUUUACAAAAUCAACAAUUUGUAACUUACAGUUAAUUACCAGGUAUAUAUAACUGCAAAACUGAAUUAAACGAUUCAUUGCUAUUUUCGGAAGAAGAAUAGGCGCUUCAUCGUAAUCGUCCUUGGCCUCUAAUAUCGAAAGCAACAUGUUAUUGGCAUGUUUUUUAAAAGCUCUCUUGGGGAGUUUAUGGAGCCCAUCGCGAAUGGAGUUCCAAACAAUAACGAGGAAUGCAUGCACACUUGAGCUUCCUUUCGCAGUUCCUAUUCACAAAUACUUCAAUGGCAAUGCUUGAACUGAUUAAAUCUACAAUUAUUAUUACCGUCAUCGUUAUCGUUAUCAGUAUCAUUAUCAUUAUAAAAUGGGCCAUGUUUCCAAUUUUGUUUUACUUUUCUUAUAGCACAAGGACUGGAAUACCCAUAAAAUAAAUAAGAAUGUAUUCCAGUAACCUUUCGAUGCAAGAAAUUUGAGAUAUGACUUAACCAUUUGUAUGUCGUCGUAAAGCGCAUGUUCGGCGCCAUUUUUGACAAUGAAAACUGCUAACAGAAGAAGAGCAAAACGUACAAAGGAAUUUAAAUGAAGAAAGAUCGAGUUAGCCCUUACUCGCAUCGAUAAGAGGUGAAGGAUGCUAAAGCAUACUUAUAGUUGUUUCCAAACUCCACGCCAUCGUGAAAUAGCUUACUAAAAUACGGUCACUUUACUUUCUCAAGUUGCUGAUUUUAAUGUGAAAAGAUCUUAUGCUUUACUCAUUCUUCUGGCUUUUAUUUAGAUUGAAGAUGUGUUUACAUUUGAGCGACGUCUUCCAAAUUGCUUCCUUCGCCGCAUUCAUAAACCAAGCAUCACAAAAUAUCCCAACAAAAAGGCUUGUGGAUGGCGAAAAGGAAUCACGGUUAGUACAACAGGAGACAAUUUACAGACAAACCACAUCAUGAAUCCCGGCUCCUGAAACAAAGUACUCAAAUAAAAAACACCCGUUUUGUCGAGUUGUGAAGCUACGUUUAUAUAAUUUGAGGAGGCGCUUGGUAAUGCGUUGAUUGUUCGGAGGAAGUGCUAAUUCCAGAGCGGCGAGUUAAGUAAAGCACUUACUGUAAUCACCUGUGUUCGACAACGUGCGAAGAAGAGGUCUAGCACUAUAUAUAGGCAUGUGGCGUCGAAUUGACAAUGUCCGUCCGAAGUAACACUAAAAGGGGAAAAUACUUUAUUACGUGAACAAGAACUCAGGAAAAAUAGGACUGCGUAUUGUUGUUUACUGACAAACAUCCGUUAGGUUUUCUAAACUCAAUAUGCCAGAUUGUUGAGAAUAUCAACAGAACAGUCUCAAAUCUUGCACAUGCGCAGCUCUUGACAUAACCCCUUUAAACGCUGGUCAGGCAAAAAAAAAAAAACAAACACUUCCAAACAAAGCUUCCCUGACAAGACAAAUUUCCUAUGAUGUUUAUUUAGUUUUUAAUUAACCGACUUUGCAGCAUAUAAGUUUAAUGGCAUGAAAUUUGUGGUCUUUCAGCAAAUUCGUCGUAUGAUAUCUGGAAUGAAGGACAAUUCUUCUUUGGAUGAAGAUAAUGAAGGAUGCUUGGAACAAACCGCUGCUGCCAUGUCUAACAGAAUUUACGCCCUGGAGCAAACGUAA